CCUUUUCGGAAAUCAUUCUAAAACGGAACUAUUCACAAUAAACAUGAAAUUAAAAGCAUGAUGUAGUAGUGACCCAAAAGGAAUGUGAAUUCUUCUCCAGGACAUGCAGAGACAUGUGGAUGAACCGUUUCUAGAUUCUUGCCCCAGCUUUCCUGAGAGGCAGAAUGAGCAAGAGGCACAUAAGCGUGGGUCAGCAAACGUGCGCCCUUCUCUGCAAGAACUUUCUUAAAAAAUGGAGGAUGAAAAGAGAGACCUUGUUGGAAUGGUUUUUCUCAUUUCUUCUAGUAUUGUUUGCAUACCGACUUUCCUCCAAUUUACAUCAAGUUAAUGACUUUCCUCAAUUGCCUGCAAUGGAUCUGGGACGUGUAGAUCAUUUUAACGAUUCUAAUUAUGUGAUUGCGUUCGCACCCGAAUCCAAAACAACCCAGGAGAUCAUGAACAAAGUGGCUUCGGCCCCAUUCAUGAAAGGAAGAACAAUCACGGGGUGGCCAGAUGAGAACAGCAUGGAAGAAUUGGAUUUAAACUACUCAAUAGAUGCAGUGAGAGUCAUCUUUAAUGAUACCUUCUCAUACCAUUUAAAAUUUUUCUGGGGAAGUAGAAUCCCCAAGAUGAAGGAACACAGAGACCAUUCAGCUCACUGUCAAGUAACGGAAGGAAAAACCACAUGUGAAGGUUCAAUGUUCUGGGAGAAAGGCUUUAUAGCUUUUCAGGCCGCCAUUAAUGCUGCUAUCAUUGAAAUCACGACAAAUCGCUCAGUGAUGGAAGAGCUGAUGUCAAUUACUGGUAUAAAUAUGAAGAUACUACCUUUUGUUGCCCAAGCAGGAGUUGCGACUGAUUUUUUCAUAUUCUUCUGCAUUAUUUCUUUUUCUGCCUUCAUUUACUAUGUAUCAGUCAAUGUUACACAAGAAAGGCAAUACAUUAAGUCAUUGAUGACAAUGAUGGGCCUUCGAGAGUCAGCAUUCUGGCUCUGCUGGGGGUUGAUGUAUGGUGGCUUCAACUUUAUCGUGGCCACUUUGAUGGCUCUUAUUGUAACAUCCGCCCAAGUCGUCGUCCAAACUGGCUUCGUGGUGAUCUUCACUCUCUUUCUCCUCUAUGGCCUGUCUUUGAUAACUUUAGCUUUCCUGAUGAGCGUGUUGAUAAAGAAACCUUUCCUUACGGGUUUGGUUGUCUUUCUCCUCACUGUCUUUUGGGGGAGUCUGGGAUUCACUGCAUUGUACAGAGAUCUUCCUGCAUUUUUGGAAUGGACCUUAUGUCUUCUUAGCCCUUUCGCUUUCACUGUUGGGAUGGCCCAGCUAAUACAUUUGGACUAUGACGUGAAUUCUAACGUCCAUUUGGAUUCUUCAGACAACCCGUACCUAAUAAUAGCGACUCUAUUCAUGCUGCUUUUUGAUGCUCUUCUCUAUUUGGCCUUGACAUUGUAUUUUGACAAAAUUUUGCCCAGUGAAUACGGACAUCGACGUUCUCCUUGGUUUUUCCUGAAAUCCUCUUUUUGGUUUCUACACCAGAGGGCUGAUCAUGUGGCCCUUGAGAACGAAACAGAUUCAGACUCUUCACCUAAUGACUCGUUUGAGCCAGUGUCUCCAGAAUUCCAUGGAAAAGAAGCCAUCAGAAUAAGAAAUCUUAAAAAAGAAUAUAGAAAAGGAAACCACGAAAAAGUAGAGGCCUUGAAAGGUCUGGUAUUUGACAUAUACGAAGGCCAGAUCACUGCCCUCCUCGGUCACAGUGGAGCUGGGAAAACGACCCUGUUGAAUAUGCUCAGUGGACUGUCGUCCCCAACGUCAGGUUCAGUCACCAUCUAUAAUCACAGCCUUUCGGAAAUGGUGGACUCGGAAACCAUCAGCAAGCUCACUGGAGUCUGUCCACAAACCAACGUACAAUUUGGCUUCCUCACCGUGAGAGAAAAUCUCAGGCUUUUUGCCAAAAUAAAAGGGAUUCAACCACAUGAAGUGGAACAAGAGGUACAACAAGUUUUAAGGGACUUGGAGAUGGAAAACAUUCAAGACAUUCUUGCUCAAAAUUUAAGUGGUGGACAAAAAAGGAAACUAACUUUUGGGAUUGCCAUUUUAGGAAACCCUCAGGUUUUACUAUUGGACGAGCCAACUGCCGGAUCAGAUCCUUUGUCAAGGCACCGCGUAUGGAACCUUCUAAAAGAGAGGAAAUCUGAUAGAGUCAUUCUCUUCAGUACCCAGUUUAUGGAUGAGGCUGACAUCCUGGCUGAUAGGAAGGUAUUUAUAUCCAAUGGGAGGCUGAAGUGUGCAGGCUCUUCCCUGUUCCUGAAGAAAAAAUGGGGCAUCGGCUACCAUUUAAGUUUGCACCUGAAUGAAAUGUGCGAUCCGGACAGGAUAACAUCACUUGUUAAGCAGCACAUCCCUGAGGCCAAAUUAACAGCGCAGAGUGAAGAAAAGCUCGUAUAUAUUUUGCCCUUGGAAAGGACAAACAAAUUUCCAGAUCUUUACAGGGAUCUUGAUAGAUGCUCUAAUCAGGGCAUUGAGGAUUAUGGUGUUUCCAUGACAACGUUGAAUGAGGUAUUCUUGAAAUUAGAAGGGAAAUCAGCUAUUGGUGAAUCAGACACUGGAAUUUGGGGAGAGUUACAAAGUCCUGGGACGAAAGACACUGGGAGCCUUGUUGAGCUAGAGCAAGCAUUGUCCUCCUUUAACGAGACGAAGAAAUUAAUCAGUGGCGUGGCUCUCUGGAGGCAGCAGCUCUGUGCCAUAGCAAAAGUUCGCCUCCUGAAGUUAAAGAGUGAAAAAAAAACUCUGUUGACCAUAUUGUUGCUUUUUGGCAUCAGCUUUUGCCCUCAGCUUUUGGAACAUCUAUUCUAUGAGUUAUAUCAAAAGAGUUAUUCUUGGGGACUGGCUCCUAAUAUGUACUUCCUCUCUCCCGGACAACCACCCCAAGUUCCUCUGACCCCCCUACUGGUCAUCAAUAAAACAGGGUCGAACAUUGAUAACUUCGUACGUUCACUGAGGCAACAGAACAUAGCUUUGGAAGUGGAUGCCUUUGGAACUAGAAAUGGCCCGAACGAGCCAUCAUACAAUGGUGCUAUCACUGUGUCAGGUGACGACAAGGGUCACAGAUUCUCGAUAGCAUGUAACACCAAAAGGCUGAACUGCUUUCCUGUCCUCAUGGAUAUCAUCAGCAAUGGGCUCCUUGGGAUUUUUAAUUCUUCAGAGCGCAUUCAGACCGACAGAAGUACUUAUUUUGAAGAGCACGUGUCUUAUGACCACGAGUACCUGAGUAACGCCUUCUUCUGGAUCCCUGUCGCAGCCUGUUUUACUCCUUACAUUGCAAUGAGCAGCAUCAGCGACUAUAAAAGCAAAGCUCACUCCCAGCUCCGGAUUUCAGGCCUCUACCCUUCUGCCUACUGGUUUGGCCAGGCACUGGUGGAUAUUUCACUCUACUUCUUAAUCCUCCUUCUCAUGCAAAUAAUGGAUUACGUGUUCAGCCCAGAUGAGAUUGUAUUUGUAAUUCAAAACCUGUUAGUUCAGAUCUUGUGUAGUAUUGGGUAUGUCUCUUCCCUGGUUUUCUUGACAUAUGUGAUUUCAUUCAUUUUUCGCAACGGGAGGAAAAAUAGUGGCGUCUGGUCAUUUUUCUUCUUAAUUAUCACCAUCUUCUCGAUAGUUGCUACGGAUCUAAAUGAAUAUGGAUUUCUGGGGCUAUUUCUCUGCACCAUAUUAAUACCACCUUUCACACUGAUUGGCUCUCUAUUCAUUUUCUCCGAGAUUUCUCCCGACUCCACGGAUUAUUUAGGAGCUUCAGAACAUCAGAUUGUAUUUCUGGCCCUGCUAAUACCUUACCUUCACUUUUGCAUUUUUGUUUUUGUUCUCCGGUGUCUGGAAAUGAAGUUCAGGAAGAAAUUAAUGAGAAAAGAUCCUGUGUUCAGAAUUUCUCCAAGAGGCAGUGAUACUUGUCCAAACCCUGAAGAACCCGAAGGGGAGGAUAAAGAUGUUCAGAUGGAAAGAAUGAGAACCACAAAUGCAGUGACGGUUGCAGAUUUCGAAGAGAAACCGGUCAUCAUUGCGAGCUGUCUGCGGAAGGAGUAUGCGGGCAAGAAGAGGAACUGUUUUGCCAAGAGGAAGAAAAAAGUGGCCAUAAGAAAUGUCUCCUUCUGUGUUAAAAAAGGUGAAGUCAUAGGGUUCUUAGGACACAAUGGAGCUGGUAAAAGUACAACGAUUAAGAUGAUAACUGGAGACACAAAUCCAACCUCAGGGCAGGUGGUGUUGAAAGGGAGUGGCGAAGGAGCCUCCCUCGGGUUCCUGGGGUACUGUCCUCAGGAGAACGUGCUCUGGCCCAACCUGUCAGUGAGGGAACACCUGGAGGUGUUUGCCGCCAUCAGAGGGCUGAAGAAGGGGGACGCCACUGUCACCAUCACACGGUUGGCGGAUGUGCUCAAGCUCCAGGACCAGCUGAAGCUGCCCGUGAAGACCUUAUCCGAGGGAAUAAAGAGGAAGCUGUGCUUCGCGCUGAGCAUCCUGGGAAACCCAUCGGUGGUGCUUCUGGACGAGCCGUCCACGGGGAUGGACCCCGAGGGGCAGCAGCACAUGUGGCAGGUGAUCCGGGCCACCUUUAGGAACACGGAGAGAGGCGCCCUCCUGACCACGCAUUACAUGGCAGAAGCUGAGGCCGUGUGUGACCGCGUGGCCAUCAUGGUGUCUGGAAGGCUGAGAUGUAUUGGUUCCAUACAACAUCUGAAAAGCAAAUUUGGCAAAGAUUAUCUGCUAGAGAUGAAGGUGAAGACGCCCACCCAAGUGAAGCCCCUCCACUGUGAAAUUCUGAGGCUUUUCCCCCAGGCUGCUCGGCAGGAAAGGUACUCCUCACUGAUGGUCUAUAGGUUGCCUAUUGAGGAUGUGCGACCCUUAUCACAGGCUUUCUUCAAAUUAGAGAUAGUUAAACAGAGCUUCGACCUGGAGGAGUACAGCCUCUCGCAGUCCACCCUGGAGCAGGUGUUCCUGGAGCUCUCCAAGGAGCAGGAGCUGGAUGACUUUGACGAAGAACUUGACCCCUCAGUUAGAUGGAAGCUCCUCCCCCAGGAGGACCCUUGACGCGCCAAAUACCCUAUGUUGCUCUUUAAGCUUCUGCCUCGUUUGAAAGAUAAUAUUUUAUAUCAUUAAUAUAUCUUAUCUCAGACAUGAUAUAAAAUGCUUUUGAAACUCAUGCCACCAUUUUUCUCAAUAAUAUUACCUAUAGUGGGACUAAGGAGCCAAGUCAGUGAGAACAGUCGUGAAACCAGACCACGUGGCUUCUAUACCAGCAACGAAAUCCCACAUUUCAUAGGGUGGUCAAUUAAAAAUGCAUUUAUUAUAGAAUGUUUGGGUUUCUGAGGAAGAGACAGAGAUAGUUUUAUUUUCUGUCUUCAAACAUCAAAAUACUAUCUUCUUAUCCUUUUGAAUGCAGUACAUAAGUACAAAGUAAGACCUAAUCCUGAUUUUGGGGAAAGGGAGGCAGUGAUUAUUCAACCGCACAGUAUUUGCUUUAAAAAAAAAAUUUAUUUAAAUUCCAGUUAGUUAAACAUACAGUAUAAUAGCAGUUUCAGGUGCACAAUAUAGUGAUUCAACACUUGCAUACAGCACCCGGUGUUUAUCACAAGUAUUCGCUUUUGGUAAUUCAGUUGAUUUGGUUUUUUGUUGUUGUUGUCGUUGUUGUUGGUUUUUAAUACCUGCAUUUUCCUUUUCUGUCAUUUCAGAUUUUCUAUUGCACAGUCUAUAUUUUGUCUGUUGUGACCGUACAGGAAAUUUGAAACCUAUUAAGUAAUUUCAGUAGGAAUUUCAAUAAUCAAGUUGACAGCAGUUUAAAAAUUACAUAUCUUACAUACAAUCUUGAAACAUAUUUCUGAUUUUGCAUUUUUUUUUUAUGAUGCAAGCAUCUAUCCUCAUGCAGAUCUUAAUUUCUCGUGUUGAUGUACGUUACGACCUCUCUAACUGGUGACCCUGUAGACAGCUUAAAAUCAAUGCAAUAUACUUGUAUACUCUUA